UUUCCUCUUCCAAAUAUAUAUAUACGUGUAUAUAUAUAUUUACAGAAAAGAAAAGAUUCGAUUUUUAAUUGAACGAACAAGAAUCAAGAUCCAUUUUUUAAUCUCCUAUAUAAGUUUUUCAACUCCCAAUAGAGUAACAGUUGUGCUCUCGUCUAAGAUCUUGAACAUUCUGAGAGAACACAAACGCUUCUUUCUUUCACCUCUCUCUCUCGCUCGCUUAGGGUUACCGUUGAGAGAGAGAGAGAGUUCUCAAUCUCGUUGACUCAGCCAUGAAUCCAGAACAGAAUCCUCGCGAAUGCGUAGUAUGCCGUGAAGCAGAGCCGUCGUUCAUCCACACCGUCAGCAAAACCGGCGUUCUCCGGCGACUCUGCACCGAUUGUUUGCUCAAGGAACAUCGUGAACUCUUUUGCCCAGUUUGUUUCAAGGUCUUCGACAACGGCGCCGCUCCUCCUACUCGUAUCACCUGCCUCAAUUGCCCUUUAAGCACCCACCGUUCUUGCUCACCUAAGCCGCCGUCUUCCUCCGCCGCAGCAUCUUCCUCCUCCUCCGCUCCACCGCCAGCUUCUUCCUUCACAUGCCCGCCAUGUUCUGACCCCAAUUUCACCUUCUUCCCCAAAUCUCGUGUCAAUGGCGACGUCCCUGUCCCUGUCCCUGUCCCUGAAACGCCUCUCAGUAAGGUUUCGGCCAUGGCUCUUGUCGCAGCUGCCAAGAUCUCGGUGGCUAUUAUGAAAGACGCGGUGGUUCAGUUAAAGGAUGAAGCUUUUAAGAAGAUCGUAGCAGCUCAAGCGGCCAAGCUUAAAGCUAAAGCUGCAUUGGAGAAUCUUCAGGAUCUUGUUAUUAGACAAAAGGCUCAACAGAACUUGACCCCUAGCAAGAGAAAGGCCGAUGAUGACCGCUGAUUCUGAAUCUUCUUCAUAGCAAUCAAUCUUACUGGUACGUAGGGCUCUCUUGUAUGAUAGAUCUCUUCUAGGGUUCAAGAAAAGACUACAUUUUGCGGUUAUUAGCCAACUAUCUUGGUGAUAUUUUUACUUCAUUCUCUCAAACGUGUUUGAUCAAAUGUCUCACAGAGAAAGCUGGAGACUUUGAGUUAGGGAUACAGUAGGGCUUUCGUUUUGUAUAAUGGUGUGUAAGACUCAGUGACAUUCAUUCAUAUUAAUGGGUUCCAUCUUCAAUC